UAUCGUGCGAUGUCGCCCAAUAAGCACUCGUGGCGGUAUGCUCGUCCCGGACCGAAUCACGUGGCGGACGAAUGGGUGCAGCGGGAGACGUGGGGCGCAAGCUUUCCGACAUGUAUAAAUGGGAUAGAGCAGAGCCCUAUCAACAUCGUCACGGGCGAGGCCAUUCCGAUGAAGUCGCUUCCCGAGAUCUCCACUGACAUCGACGCGGCGCCGCACUACGUCUCCAACACCGGCAGCGGGUUCCAGCUCUUCGAGACGACUCCGACAGAGAGCAUGAUCGCGAACGGGACAUUCAUCGACACGAUCGAGGGCUCAAGCAAGGGCGAGAGCUGGGUGGGCGGCCAGAAGUUCCUGUUUUACCAGAUGCACUGGCACACCCCGUCGGAGAACACGAUCGACGGCCGCUCCUUCCCGCUCGAGGCGCACUUUGUGCACCAGCUAGACGACCCGAUGCUGGUCGGCACACUUCACCGCCUCGCCGUCAUCUCGCUGCUGUACGAGCCCGGCCCGUGCAACGCCUUCCUCGACCAGUUCUGGGAGGAGUUCCCGAUGGUGCCCGGCUUCCGGCAGCACUUUGCCGACGGAGUCAACGACUUUGAGCGGCUGGCGGACGAGGUCAUCAACAUCGACGAGGGUGAGGGCUACUUUUACUGGCACGGCUCGCUCACCACGCCGCCGUGCACCGAGGGUGUUGGCUGGUACAUGCUCAAGCACCGGGAGACGGUGAGCGACAGGCAGAUCGACGCCCUUCGCUACGCUCUCGCCGUCUCGC